UUUGUGCGCUGGGCUGGCGGGGAGGGGGCGGGGCUGCGGGGGAGAACAACUGCGCCAGGUCCGCGACAAAUGAAUUAGACACAAUUAUCCACGGGAGACUCGGUUUUCCACUCUGUAAAUUAUGGAUAUUAGGAAUACUUGCCGCCUUGGGUUGUUUUGAGCACUUUCAUUGUUUAGGUGCUGUAUUUAUUGGGUGUGCGUUCCCUGGGAGAGCCCAGGGUAGACGGCUCCUGCACCGGCCCCAAGGGCCUCUCUGCCCGUGGAGUGCGGGAGCGAAGGGGCUGGCCUAGCUGACCACCGGGGCCCCUUCUGGCUCUGACCGCCCUCGUAUCCCAAGUAAUUAUUUACACGUUGCGCGUUCAUUUAUGUAUUAUGUGUAAUCAUGGCACAGUAUCCUGAAGCCGUCGGCGUCUGUGUGCUGGUGCAAGGUCUGGGACAAGUUUAAGAAGAGAGAGGUGAGCUGGAGCUGAGGGGUGGGCGCGCAGGCUAACAGGAGGUCACCUCUGGAGAGUCAGAGGGCAGGGACGGGUGAAAGGCUCACGGCCACAGCGAAGGAAGUGCUGUCAUCACCCCUCCGCGAACACCUGGCACAUCCAGGUGAGCUGCUGAGCUUCCUCUUCUCCUGGCCUGAUAUCCCCGCCGGAUGGUAGUGCAGGCAGGUAAUACUUGGGUUAUCUAUUUUGACCUUCUUUGAAAGAUGGAAAAACAAAAUUGAGUUUGAGGAGGUGAUUAGUUCAGAUCUUGUCAUUCGUUAGAGGCAGAACUGAGAUUAGAAGUCAAGUCUGCAGUUUCCCGAGCUACUGCUGCCCAUUUUGUUACUCUAUAUCACAGUUUCUCAUUAAAAGAUCCUUUUGAGGAAUUAUUAGCAAGUUAGAACAAACAUUUGUAAAAUUGCGUUAAAUACCCUAUCCCUUUUUUUUAGAGGUUUUUUUUGCAUUAUCUGACCUCAGGGCAUUAAUGGUGUUAACAGGUAAAUAGAUAAACAAUAUGGCCUGAGUUUUUUUUUUCCCCUACAAGGGAUUUUGACAAACCCAUAGUAUUUCUUCCUUUAGAUUACUGUUACUUAUUAAACUCAUCUUUUCAUGUUUUUAAUUUUUCUGUGUCACAGAACCUUAAUUGGUAAUAAAUCAAUAAGAAAUAUUUACAUUCACUCAGUGAAAAGUGUCAUGUCUGAGCUCAGCAUAUAUCGGAGCCACACAUGGACACGUAAGUAUCUUGUAUGUGGAGCUGUAUAGGCAGGUGAAUCUCCGAACUGCAAGGCCGGCGAAGGCUCUCCUGACAUUCUUCCUUUCUAAUCCUUCAGCUCUCCCUCCUCCACUAAGAGCAGAAAAUGAACAAAUCCCAGGUCAUAAGCACUCUGGGAACAGGGACCAUGUUUGUCUGUUUUCACCAGUAGGAUUUGCAGCAGCUAGCACAAUUCCAGACCCUUAGUAGAAACUCAAUUUAUACAAGGUAUUUUGUAUUCUAUAUAGUAUAGCACAGAGGGAGGUAACUUGUCAUUUUUUAGUAAACUCUAAAGAGAUUAGUUCUCUUAAAUUUUUUCUAUAUCAUCUAGUUCUGACCAUUUCAUGUAAAAAAGAGUAUACUAUUACAGGAACAAGUGUCAUUCAAGGAUGUAUGUGUGGACUUCACUCAGGAAGAGUGGUAUCUGCUGGACCCUGCUCAGAAGAUACUAUACAGAGAUGUGAUCCUGGAAAAUUAUAGCAAUCUUGUCUCAGUAGGGUAUUGCAUUACUAAACCAGAAGUGAUCUUUAAGAUCGAGCAAGGAGAAGAGCCCUGGAUAUUAGAGAAAGGAUUCCCAAGCCAGUGGCACCCAGAAAGGAAAUGGAAAGUUGAUGACGUGUUAGAGAGCAGCCAGGAAAAUGAAGAUGACCAUUUUUGGGAGCUUCUAUUCCACAACAACAAAACAGUAAGUGUAGAAAAUGGAGAUAGAGGAAGGAAAACUUUCAAUUUGGGCACAGACCCUGUUUCUUUAAGAAAUUAUCCCUAUAAAAUAUGUGACUCAUGUGAAAUGAGUUUGAAAAAUAUUUCGGGCUUAAUUAUUAGUAAAAAGAACUGUUCCAGAAAGAAGCCUGAUGAGUUUAAUGUAUGUGAGAAAUUGCUCCUUGAUAUUAGGCAUGAGAAAAUCCCUAUUGGAGAGAAGUCUUAUAAAUAUGAUCAAAAAAGGAAUGCCAUUAAUUAUCACCAGGAUCUCAGUCAGCCAAGUUUUGGCCAAUCUUUUGAGUAUAAUAAAAAUGGACAAGGCUUCCGUGAUGAGGCAGCAUUUUUUACAAAUAAGAGAUCUCAGAUAGGAGAGACAGUCUGUAAAUAUAACGAAUGUGGAAGAACCUUCAUUGAAAGUUUAAAGCUCAAUAUAUCUCAAAGAACUCAUUUGGAAAUGGAGCCGUAUGGAUGCAGUAUUUGUGGGAAGUCCUUCUGUAUGAAUUUAAGGUUUGGACAUCAGAGAGCUCUUACAAAGGACAAUCCUUAUGAAUAUAAUGAAUAUGGGGAAAUCUUCUGUGACAAUUCAGCUUUCAUUAUCCAUCAGGGAGCUUACACAAGAAAGAUUUUCCGUGAAUAUAAAGUGAGUGACAAAACCUGGGAAAAGUCAACUCUCUUAAAACAUCAGAUAGUACACAUGGGGGGAAAGUCUUACAAUUACAAUGAAAAUGGAAGUAAUUUCAGCAAGAAGUCACAUCUUACCCAGCUUCGGAGAGCUCACACAGGAGAAAAAACCUUUGAAUGUGGUGAAUGUGGGAAAACCUUCUGGGAGAAGUCAAACCUCACUCAACAUCAGAGAACACACACAGGAGAGAAGCCCUAUGAAUGUACUGAAUGUGGGAAAGCCUUUUGCCAGAAACCGCACCUGACCAACCAUCAGCGAACACAUACAGGAGAAAAACCCUAUGAAUGUAAGCAAUGUGGAAAAACAUUCUGUGUGAAGUCAAACCUCACUGAACAUCAGAGAACACACACGGGGGAGAAGCCCUAUGAAUGUAAUGCAUGUGGGAAAUCCUUCUGCCACAGAUCAGCCCUCACCGUCCAUCAGAGAACACACACAGGGGAGAAACCAUUUAUAUGUAAUGAAUGUGGAAAAUCCUUCUGUGUGAAGUCAAACCUCAUUGUACAUCAAAGAACUCACACUGGGGAGAAACCAUAUAAGUGUAAUGAAUGUGGGAAAACCUUCUGUGAAAAAUCAGCUCUCACUAAACAUCAGAGGACUCACACAGGGGAGAAGCCAUAUGAGUGUAAUGCAUGUGGGAAGACCUUUAGUCAGAGGUCAGUGCUCACCAAACAUCAGAGAAUUCACACGAGGGUGAAAGCUCUUUCAACAUCCUGAAUGAUAGAAGCCUUCAUACACUUGUGAAAUUGGUUAUACAGUUUCAAAAAAGGAGAUCAAAGAAAGCCAAAGAAUGUCAGAAAUUUGUAGAAAAUGACUUCUUGUUUGAAUAUGUAAAAGCUUUCAAGAAAAAUUAAAACUUUUCAUUAGAAAAUUUGUACUGAGGGGAAUUCUAUUCAUCUAAGUAAUAUGGUGAAAAUAUUUAUCUAGAAUUUAUGUUGUUUAGUGUUAUAUUCCAGACGUGAUACCAAAAUUUUAUUGCAAAUAUAAUGGACAAUAUUCAUUUAUACCCAUAUUCACAGUGGAAUCUGAAGCUUAUAAAAGUUGAAUGACAGCAGCAUUAAACAUACAUGUGAAGAGUCCCCGAUGUUUGUAGACCUUAUGUGAGUAUGCUAAUAUAAUAAAUUUGAGUAUGCUUGAUUUGUAUAUUGGAAAUCAACAUGAUUGUGAGGGAAAAUAUGUACCCUUAAUUGAGUAACUACUAUGAUAUGUGUUAAUAUUUUCCACACUAAAUACCAUUGGUGUCUUUAUAGGUUGAUAUAAUUAUAUAUGUGUAUGUACAUAUGUUUGUGUGUAUAUGUAAAUAUAUUUCUACACACAUAAAUAUAGUGAUGUGCUAGUAUAACCUCAUACUGACUUAAAAGUUCUGAUUGUUAAAUUUUAAGGAAUUUUGUGAGCCAGUUAUUAAAAACAGUCAUUAUUUAAAAUAUGUAAACUUACAGUUAAAUUAAAAACAAAGGUAAUAAAUACUCAGCACUCAUCACUUCUUAAUUACAUUGCUACAUUUCACUAUUACCUUCGUUGUUUCACUUAUUUAAUCUGUAUGAUGAAAAUACGGUAUAAUAGUGUGCACUGCACAUCUGUCUCUUCCCAGCUCCACAUUCAGUGCUGUCUUGAUAGCUUGGACUUAGUGGAAGUGUUUACACCAUGGAAAUUGACAAACUAUAAAUCAGGGUUUUAAUUUUCUCAGAGAACCUGCUGUCAAAUAUUUACAGCACAUCACUGUGUAUAUAUGAAAACAUAUUUGGCAAUACAAACUGCAUACCCCUUCUAUUUCCUGACAUAAAUAAAUGGCUAUGGCCAUUUACAGCUGAACCACGUCUUCAAGAAAGAAGCCAAAACUAUUUCUGUGAGGUUUUUAAACUACCUCUGAAUCCGUCCUACUCUAAAUACUACCGGAGUCUCUUUGUAGGUUGGCCAGUAUAUGUUUUUAGUGAAAUAUUAUUUCACAAAGAACUAUAUCACAUACCUUUCCUCUGACUGUUUCCUGGCAUAUAUGCAUGAAUAUGGCCGUUAUUGAACUAUCACUUCAGUAAAGAAGUUAAACAGUACUUUUCUGAGGUUUUUCAGCUACCUCUGGGUCAUUCUGUAAUGUAAAUGCUGUUAAUAAGAAUUGUUUUUACAUGAAUUAUGCAAAGGUUAACAAGCAGUAAUACUGCACUCCUCAAAAAGUGGUGGUAUGUAAUGAAAGGCCCUUUUCAUGCCCUUGAUAUUUCAUUGUGUAUCUGUUUAGGCAUGGUCUAUGUAACACUAGUUCUGCAUAUUAGUAUUUUAGAGUGUCUCUGCCUCCCUUGUCCUGUUGUUUCUUUUGCCCCCUUGGAACACAUUGGCCAGCAGUUCUAAGAGACACUGCCCACGUGAUGGCCAUUCCCUACUUCAUCCUUGCUGAGCUAAAUUUUAUAUUUUUGUGCAUCCUUCUCCCAGAUGACUUAGGUCGUAAGUCCAGAUUAGUCAAAGCUAAUCAUAGAAGUUCUAUUUUAAUGAUUUUGUUGGGGUGAACUUGGGAGCAAUGAGAUGUUUGGGAAGUAUUGUGUAGUACUUCUGGGAAAGAUCUCCUUGAUACAACAUUGUCAUGACAUGAGAAGAGACUCUUUCUGCUGGGCUUUUUCACGUCUGUAAUAUGGUUUUGGCUUCUGUUUGUAUCUCUGAAGGGCAGUAGCCUGAAGAUAACAGUGCACAAGGUGGGAAAAGCCAGCUCAGAGGUGACGUUGCCGAGCUACUCUGCUCUCUAUACCUGCUGUCUACUGGGACUUCGUAUAACCCUCAAUAACUGUUUUUUAUUUGGUCUUAGGGCUGUCUGAUACUUAGAGCUGAAGGCAUUCCAGCUGACACAGGAAUAUUUUUCUAAGUGUUAAUGUUGUAUAUGGUAAUUAGGGGGAAGAAUUGUUUCUUUUGACAAGUUAAUAUAGGGAUGGCUGUUUGUAUCAGCCAUGGUUCUUUCUGGUGGAAAACAGAGUUCUCCAACUGAAAACAUUUUAAUGGCAGACUGAUUACAGUGGUGUGGGCCAGAAACAAGGGACACUGAAACACCCAGAGACUUGUAUCAGCAGGAAGCCAUUGCCAUUCUGAGCCUUGAAGGGCAAGGAUGGAAACAGUGUUACCACAGCCCAGUAAGAACUGCUGUCAUGGAGAAGGGGCCACCUUAUAAGAGACAUCAUUACUACCAGAACUGUGGUGCCAAAUUGCUGGUGCCUCUCUUUGGAGAAACCAACCAGAUACAUCUGCUGAAAAGCCCAGGUGGGCACAGAGAAGGGUGGAGAGAGAAUCUGGGAAGAGAAAUGGAGAAUAAGCAGCACAAUAUUUUUCAUUUCUGUAAAUUCCUAUGUAGAAGGCUCAGUGUUAGAAAUAAAGUUACUCUACUAGUUGCAAGUUAA